CAUCAUCGUAUACGACUUGCCUACGAAACAUUUUCCGGAGACCUUGCAGCAAAACGCGUUUGGCCGUGGAGUUUUUGUGCUACUGACGGAGAUUCUGCCAGUGGCACUAACCUGGGUCACAUUGUGUAAUAACUUCGUACCGAUCUCUCUUGUGGUCAUGCUCGAGGUGGGGCGAAACGUCCAGCGACUCUACAUAGUAUGGGAUAAAGAGUUUUGGACAUUCUAUUUUCCACGAGAAGUAGAGGAGACGGAUUCUGACGAGGAGAAAGAGACGAUACAUUCGACUUCGGAUUCCGAAGCCUCCAGUGACCACAAUUCUCUUGCUAGCAAGGGAAAUAGGCGAAGCUUAACAGGACUGAAACUCGAGGAGAUUGAUCAUCAGCAACUGGAGAGCGAGUCCCUACUACUAGAAAGCAAAUCAGC